AGAGUUAAAUUCAUAAAUGAAAUUUCUCUCUACAGUAAAUUUUAGUUGUUUUGAUGAUCAAUAAUUUUUCUGUGGUAAAUUGAGGCGAAAGUCGGCAGAACAACAUUUUCCCUUCUUAACUUUAGAUAAGCCUUUCAAAAAGAAAAGGGGAAAUUUUUUUGACUUAAGUUAAAGAAAACAAAGAAACCAAAGCGAGCUAUACAAAACUCUUCGUAUUUUCAUCUCUCAAAAUUUCCGAUUAUUCUUGCUAGAUUAUAUAGUUACAAAGUGGGAGAGAAGCAAAACGUAGAUUUGAAUUGGUACAUAUAGCCUCAAACGACGUCGUACUAGUUGGAGAAAAUCAUUUCAACGAAGCUCUGGAGUCGGAUCAAGUGAGAUUUCAAAGUUCAAGAAAUGGUGCUAGUAAAUGCCGCACGGGAUUACAUCAAUCGAAUCCUUCAAGACAUUUCCGGGAUGAAAAUUCUCAUCCUCGAUUCUGCUACGGUUAGUAUUGUAAGCGUUGCAUAUUCUCAGUCAGAGCUUCUUCAGAAAGAAGUUUUUUUGGUUGAAUUUGUAGAUUCAAUAUCCAUGUCCAAAGAGCCAAUGUCACAUCUAAAAGCAGUUUAUUUCCUUCGACCAACAUCAGAGAAUAUUCAGCUUAUGCGGCGUCAAUUGGCUAAACCUCGAUUUGGCGAGUAUCACCUUUUUUUCUCAAACAUGUUGAAAGAUACCCAACUGCAUAUCUUAGCUGAUUCAGAUGAGCAUGAGAUUGUUCGCCAAGUGCAGGAGUUCUUUGCUGACUUUGUUGCAUUAGACCCAUUUCACUUCACGUUGAACAUUGCAUCCAACCAAAUGUAUAUGCUCCCAGCAGUUGUUGAUCCUUCAAGUCUGCUGCACUUUUGUGAACGAGUUGUCGAUGGAAUUGCUGCUUUAUUUUUGGCCUUGAAACGAAGACCUAUUAUUCGUUAUUCAAGAACAUCUGACAUUUCAAAAAGAAUAGCACAAGAGGCAGCGAAGCUGAUGUACCAGCAGGAAAGUGGUCUUUUUGAUUUUAGACGAACAGAGGUUACUCCUUUGUUGUUGGUGAUUGAUAGGAGGGAUGACCCAGUUGCUCCCUUGCUUAAUCAAUGGACUUAUCAGGCAAUGGUCCAUGAGUUGAUAGGCAUUCAAGACAACAAAGUGGACUUGAGAAACAUUGGCAAAUUUCCCAAGGAUCAACAGGAGGUUGUCUUAUCCUCUGAACAAGAUGCCUUUUUCAAAGCCAAUAUGUAUGAAAACUUUGGAGAUAUUGGAAUGAAUAUCAAAAGGAUGGUGGAUGAUUUCCAACAAAUUGCAAAGAGCAACCAGAACAUCCAGACUGUAGAGGAUAUGGCUAAAUUUGUUGACAAUUACCCCCAAUACAGAAAAAUGCAUGGCAAUGUUUCUAAGCAUGUGACCCUUGUUACGGAAAUGAGCAAGAUAGUUGAAGAAAGAAAACUCAUGUUAGUUUCAGAAGUAGAACAGGAAUUGGCUUGCAAUGGUGGCCAAGGGGCUGCAUUUGAGGCUGUGACAAAUCUUCUUAACAAUGACAGUGUCUCUGACAUUGACCGCUUACGUCUAGUCAUGCUGUAUGCUUUGCGUUAUGAAAAGGAGAGUCCUGUUCAACUGAUGCAGUUAUUUAACAAAUUGGCAUCCCGGUCUCCCAAGUAUAAGCCUGGGCUUGUGCAAUUUUUACUAAAGCAGGCUGGAGUUGAUAAACGAACUGGGGAUCUUUAUGGAAACCGGGAUCUUCUAAAUAUUGCACGCAACAUGGCUCGUGGGCUCAAGGGGGUUGAGAAUGUGUACACCCAACAUCAGCCGCUUUUAUUUCAUAUAAUGGAGAGCAUUACCAAGGGGCGACUGAAAGAUGUGGAUUAUCCUUUUGUUGGGAAUCACUUUCAGCAAGGGAGGUUGCAGGAAGUGGUUAUAUUCAUUGUUGGCGGGACAACAUAUGAAGAAUCACGUGCAGUUGCUUUACAAAAUACUACAAACUCUGGUAUUCGUUUCAUUCUUGGGGGUUCUGCAGUUCUCAAUUCUAAGAGGUUUCUGAAGGACCUUGAAGAAGCUCAGAGGAUAGCUCGGACUACCACUGGUUUGGUUUGACUUCCAAUCUAGACUCUCAAGCAUCUUGACUCUUGACUCUUUCAAAAUGGUGAUACUGCUGUAUGUAAAUGUGAGUUGUAAUACAUGUUUUCUGAAACAGUUGCCGCCCCUCUCAUUGCCAAUUUUGACAGUCACAAUGCGGUUCUAAUAACUUAGUUGCUGUUCUUUGUAGCU